GAUUUCCCAGAAUGCCAUGGUUUCUUUUACAGUAUAGUACAAUUUUAAUGGAAAACAGUAUGUUACUGUCACUUUUUACAGUGUGAAGUUGACAUGCAUUUUAUUUUUUCCCCACUGUAGACCUGAUGUCACUGAAAGAGGAGAGACGAGAACUGAAUGAGAUAGAGGAGAAGGAUAAACCCAUAAAGACUUCAAAGAAAUCCUCAAGAAAAAGAGCACAGAAGAUCAAAUCUAACACCUGCCUUCAGUGUGGAAGGUAUUGCCGUGGGAAAAAAGCCCUUGAAGAACACAUGAGAAUCCACACUGGAGAAAAGCCUUUCUUAUGCCCUCAGUGUGGAAAGAGUUUCAGGCACAAAGGGAGCCUUACAAGCCACACGAGAAGUCAUAAUGGAGAGAAGCCUUACACCUGCCAACAGUGUGGAAAACAUUUCACUCAAAAAUGGAGCAUUUUAAAUCACAUGAGAAUUCACACUGGAGAAAAGCCAUUCACAUGUGAUCAGUGUGGAAAGAGUUUCACAUAUAAAGAAACCCUAAAUUCUCACAUGAAAAAUCACUCAGGAGAGAACAGCUAUGUAUGUCAUCAGUGUGGAAAGAUUUUUAGUAAUAAAGCAUGCUUCAAGACUCACAUGAGAGUUCACACUGGAGAGAAGGCUUACACAUGCUCCCAGUGUGGAAAGAGUUUCAGUAACAAAUGUUACCUUACAAGCCACAUGUCAAUUCACACUUAUCCAUGUCAACAGUGUGGAAAGAGCUUCUCACGAAAAGAAGCUCUUAAGAGUCACAUGAUCGCUCACACUCAAUAGAAGCUGUUCACGUGUGAUUAAUGUGGAAAGAGUUUCGGA